AUGGCUUUUGCUCUUCAAAGGUUUAGAGAUCUCUUAGGCAAUCCUUAUGCUGUGAUUGGGGUUUGUGUAGCAGUAAGUGUGACAGCCUACUUUACUCUCAGCAGUCACCAUCCAAACUGUUCAAGGAAAAAGCGUCGCAUGAGCAGCUUUCCGGACCUCACAAACAACAUAACUAUCAUGGCAAAGUAUCUUACACCAGACGUAUUCUCCAGGUUGAAAGACAGGGUCACGACUAAAAAUUAUGAUAUAAAGCAACUGAUCGAGUCGGGUCUAGGUUCAGUUGGCCCCUGCUCACUCGCUGGAAACCCCGCGGGGCUGCUAGCGGGAGAUGAAGAAUGUUACGAUGUUUUUAAUGAACUCAUGGACCCUGUCAUUAGAGAGCUACAUGAGGUGGAUCAGAAUUUCAGGUCAGAAAUUAACUUGGAUUGGGAGCAAAUCAGAGGUGUAAAGCUGUAUGGAUCAAACGUGCUAUGCUGUAGAUUGACUGGUAGAAGAAACAUAGAAGGAUACCGAAUGGUUCCCGCCAGCCGAGCAACAGAACUAUUAGAUGUGAGUCACCCGAUAGUGGAGUCUAUUUGGGGUAAGUAAGAGGUUUAGCGGAAGUUGUGGUUUUGUUUGCUCCGCCAUUGAUCCAGAAACCUCACUCUACCCUCUCCAUCAAGAAGUGGCAAAAUGAACAACUUAUCGCGACCAACGUUUUCCCGCGCUUUGGACAGAUUGUUUGUAUAAAGAUUAUUCCGUGGAAGGUGCGCACAAACGAUUUUUAUUCACGAGUUGCGAUGGGUCAAAAAAACGACCGAGUGAGCGCCGCGAACGAGUGAGUUUCCGAAGCAUCGCAAAUUGUGAAUAAAAAACGUUUAAGCACUUUCCAUGGUAUGAUGUUUUUAUUUCAUAUAUAGUGAGAUUUUCUCUUACUGAUCAUCACAUUUCAAAGAUCGGAAGCCACUAAGUGCAAGAGCAAUUUUUUACAAUAAACACCGCUAAAUCUGCAACGUGGCUCGAUAUUAAGUCUCUGUUGUUUAUGUUGUUAUUUCUUUACACACAAAUUUGCCGACUGAGAGACUAUACUUUUAAAAGAGAGACAACGAUAAUUUAUAUUUUUGAAAUUCAAUUCUUGAAUUUAUGAAUGGCAUCGCGAAUUUGCAAAUGCUUACAUUUAUGAAGUAUGAAAACCUGUAAAGAAAAUGGGACAACCUCGAUUUUAAAAUAACUGAAAAUGUCGUAAGCCUCUAUCUGUCUCUGCUCUGGUGUUCUUUCAGUUUCUUGCUCAUCUAUGAAGUCAUCUUUUUUUCCUUCAUGGAGAGCAAAUCUUGGCACUUCUUCAUCCAUUUUUUUUUUAACAGAGAGCCGCGUGCUUGUUGCCCUCCACUCUAAAGUACUAUCGUUCUUGUCUCUGAUAGGACGAACGAUAUAUUUUCACAGUUGUUCUCUCUAUUGAUUGGUUGGUUGAGUAUUUCGUAAAAAAUUUAAGCGGGCCUUUUUUUUCGUGAGUAAAUCUCAGUAUGCAUGAAAUAAAUUCACUUUGUGUUCUCAUUGCCUACUUUUAAUAUUCCCAUUUGUUUUGAUUGGCUGAGGUGAUUACUUUAAGUCGAGUUUUAACUGCUCGGGGAAAAAAGCGCCCGGAGGGUUUUAGUCAGUCACUUUCCGUUUCAUUAGUUUUUCUUCGCUAAAUUUGAUGGAAGAAAGAUAGUUGUUUGCAAUCUGUGUUCAUCUCGUCCAUCUGUAACUGUCUUGGUUACUUUUUGUUUUUCUAUUUUUUUAUUUUCCUGACUCAUCAUAAUCACGACGUUUGGUUUCGCUCACUCGAGCUCUGAAGGAAAUUUCGCAAGUCAGUAUUUCUUAGAAAUCUCAUAUGAGAUGUACUACUUUGUCUUCACAGAAAACAUCGGGGACUCUUUUCUCUCGGUGUCAUGGCAAAACAGUAAUUCUGCGAUGGAAGAAUAUGGAUCAAGCUUUGUUUCACUGCCGCCCCAACUGUCACGCGAUUGGCCUCAUGGAAGGUUCGUGUGGUUAGCUGAGAACAGACAAUGUCAGAUAUUCAUAAAUUUCGAGGAUCAUUUGAAGGUUGUCAUAACUCAAACUGGCGGUGAUAUACAAAGGGCAUUCAGGCGAUACAGCGAAAUACUCUUAAGUAUAGAGGAAGGUUUAAAACGAAAUGAAAAGAAGUUCAUGUGGAGCUCAAAAUAUGGAUAUUUGACAAGCUCGCCACGUAACAUCGGCACCGGACUUGAGGUAGAAGUAGAAGUUCGGCUGUCAAAACUCUGCAAGGUUGGUAAGUUUAAUUUCUAUAAACUAAUCAUCGUCACAAGGUGGGAGAGUAGUGGCAUUUGGUGGGAAGAGUUAGACGACAUAGGCUGUGGAAUACCCUGUGCCUCAUUGCUUCACUGAAUUUCCCGUAUCUUAGUCGGUCGAAUUAAACAGACUCAUUCAAGUAUAAAGUUCCGUUACGCUAUUUUUGUAAGAGUUGGCCAUUUUGUGUUAGCAAGUAACACUGUUGAUAUUAGUGCUUUACCUCUAAAUUUUUCAAGGAUCCAAGAUUUGAGCGCAUUAUACAUGUACUCCCAGUGAAGUUAGACGAGGCAGGUGAGCUGGAGAUUCUCAAAGGAAACUGAACCACUCAACGUGAGCACUGAUCAGGAAGCUCAGAGUGAUUAAAGCACUGGUCAGUAAAGCGGGACCUAGGGAGGUAUUUCCGUCAAUCUUGACUACCAUUUAAGGGGCGGUUGGGGAAAACCCCAUUGAGGGCCAAGCCCCGCUUUGCUCAGUCACAGCAGGUAACAGCAAAACCAAUAGAACAAUUUAAAUUGAAAGGCUGAAUAACUUUUAUUUCCGAUUCUGUAUCAGAGCUGAACUGAGUAAUGUUACAGUGGAAUAGGUUGCAAUUGGUACUUAGGCGAUCUCAAUUGUUGCUUAUCAGUAAAGCUGGGGGUGAUAUAUAUUUUUUGCUCUUCGUAAUAGUGGUGAUUAGUUGAGAUGAAAGAAAAAAAGGAUUCUAUGCGUUCCGCGUUCUCCACUUUUAAAAUUGAUAGAUUAAAAUGCGCCAAAAGCAAUGACAUCUGAAUUCUUGAAAGUUCCUGCUUCUUCCAACCCUCUUCUCUAUUGUGUUCUGUUACUUCCUCGGGCUUCAUGUCUCGUAGACUUUCACCAACCCGGGGUAUAACCGCACAGCGCACAGUUCUUUCCACCCGAUAGUGUCCGCAGUACAAAUAGAGCUAACUGUUGUUACCCAUUUUCAGUAAAUCCACAUGCUCAAGACGUGUUCUGCAUCCGAAAUAAAUACAAAAUGCAGCUGACGGAGGUAAUUAUUGAUAGAAUCAUAAGAUGAAUCAAUCAGUUGUGUGAAAAGUGUAUUCAAGAGACAUAUUGAGAUAGGUCGCUUUUGGCGAUGGAUCUCACAUUUUUGCUUUUUAGACCAAGAUAACGCUUUUAUUAAUAGAGUAAGAAGAUUGCAAGUUUUUAUGCUCGGUAGAGAAAUAGAGAAAUAUGUUUUCCGUCUUAUCACGAGCGUGGGACAAAUAAAUAAUUCUGAAUCCCCAUGAGGAAUCGAACCUCAGAGCUACGGAUUUCGCGCUCCAAUGCUCUACCACUGAGCCACAGAGACUCUAUGGUGAGCAAGGCCCAUUGCGAAGCUUUAGUUUCAAGAUUUAAUUGUACAACUUCAUUUUUGGUAGUUGUUUAUUUCCUUUACGGGCGGAGAAUUUGAAGCAAUCAUGGCACCCUAUCUACUUAAUGAAUGUCUUACGUAUUCGCCAUUUAUCUCGAUGAUACAUUGAGAAGUUGUGAGAAGUGAUAUCAUAAUCACAUAGAAGAGUUCAAGUUUUAGGCAAACGACGUUACCACAACUAAUUUGAAGGUAGUAUAGUAUAUAAAACACCGGUGUUUAAUAAUUUAAUGAUGAUUAUUCCUAAUUGUUUUAAAUCUAAUUUUGCAGGUUGAUAUUCUUCAACAAGUUAUCAACAGUGUGACUUUACUGGUUGAAAUUGACAAGAGAAUUCAUCGGGGAGAGAACAUCCGGGAUUUAUUGCCGUAGAGUGUUAUUCCUACUGAGAGAGGGUAGAUCGACAGUUCAUCAUACCACUGAGAUCUCGUGAGCAUUGAUGAAGUCUUCGGAAAUGGCCAUUUGAGGCUAGAACUUGUAAACUCAGCCUAAUAAGUGCAAUAAUGGUAAAACUCAUCCGCAAACCUAAAGAGGGGAAGCCGAAGAAUUGCGGGAGCUUCCCAGUUGCCUUAAAGCAACGCAUUUUUCUGUGGUUGUGACGAGAGAUUGAACUCACCUGGACUACGAAGCAGGAGAUUUCGGCUCCAGUUUUAAAAUUAUUCUAAGAAUUACGUUUUAGUACACGAUUCAUGUCAGCCAGAAUCGCAGUGUGGUGGAGAUUUGUUAAAUCUAUGUAUUUUGCCACAUUAGCAACAUUAAACCAAAAGUGCUUUUAUUUGGUGUUGCUUUCACUGUGACUCCCGGGGAUCAAUAACCCUCAUCAAGUGACCUAAUAAUUUUCAAGUUUGAGCAGUAGAUACACGAAUACACAACAUAACUUGUUAAAAUGCUACUCCCCCCCUCCUCCCUCACCCCUAGAAAUUUACCUCCUAUAGAUUCCUUGUGAGAAAAAUUAUUCAUUCUGGUAGACAGGAUCUUCAAGAGAGGUAACGAAGGCCACGACAGCAUCCUCCACACGUUUGUACAGAUUAUUCUACAACUAAACCUGUUUCCUGCAGAUUAUAUCAUUAUUAUCAUUAUUUUGCUUUUGUGGUUGUUAGUGAGGAGCCUGUGUUGGUUUCUCUAGCUCCAAAAUGUAAUCUCCGAUUUUAACUCAAUAUGGAUGUAUUUUUCAUUUGUUCACGUGGUCAAAACAAUAUCUGGUAUUGUUGUCUAGCAGACGAAGCUAAGUUAUCGUCGGAAACAAUUACAGCCAUAAAAAAAAAUAUAAUACUGUGUACACGACUGGUAUAUAUAAUCCGCUUCAGUGAAAUUUUUGUGCGUAGGUCUACCAAUAUACUAGUAAUCUGAAGCGAGACGAAAAAGAGAUUAUCGAGACGUCCUUAUCAUACUAGACAAACAAAUGUUACUCCCAAAUUUUAACUCUUCACUGUACUGAUUUACGUCUAAUAAGAAAGUGUACCAGGAAAAAGGCAGAAACGCCCUUAUUUCGCCAUCUAUAAACAGUUCAGAGAGGGUCUCAUCAGUAUCCCAAAGCAUCUCCUCAAAGCUGAGCUCCUGGCAUUACAUAGCCGCAAUAAACUAACACCAUCAAGAUAAGAGAAGGCAGUAACUAUUAGGGCCGUCCUGAUUAUACCGGCUUGCUUUUAAGCAACUUUUUUGCGGUUUUAGCAACUUCGAGCAACCUUUGCCUUUCAAAGCAAUUUUUGAGCAAAGUGUAGGUUUAGAGCAUAUAUCAAGCUCGAAAAAUUCGACGAUUUUUUAAAAAAUUAACGCAUUAACUGUCACUAGACAACGUUUCGCAGACCUUUUUCGAUGUUAGUCUAAUAUUAUAACGGUAAUCAGCUGAAAUAACGCUCGGCAGGACGUCAAAUGAACCAUUAUCCUUAAAUGUCGCCCACAUUGCGAGCAACUACUUAAAGCUAAUUUUCAAGUUAUUUUUCUUGACGGAUGUUAGCAAUUAUUAACUUAAAUUAUCAAAAUAUCAAGAAUUUCGGCAACAGCUUUUGAAAUUUUUUUGAGCAGCAAUUUUUUUUAGCAACAUUUUGGCAUUCCAGUGAGCAACUUUCCAACAGCUUACAAGCAUAAUCAGGACACGUGUGUUAACUACAACUCUGUUCUUAAGUUAAUGAAAAGAUUUCUGUUUGCGGGUUAAAGCACGCGUUAAAAGAAAACAUCUUGUAGCAGCCCAGGCCUUUAAGCUAUAAGAGUUUGACCUUCAAAGUGAAACUUGCCCUCAGUGUUUCUGGUCGUUAUGGUCAGCGGGGGACAUGAUUAAAAUCAUUGGUGACAUUUCAAUCUAAAAUAAGUUUCGUCAACUGAAUGGAUAUUUGCUCGACGAAUUUUAAUUGAGAUUGUUAUCGCAACCGCGGCUAGAACGUUCUACAAGGUUUCGACGAUGCUUCAAUCGUUUAAGUUCAUAACGAACUAGGCGCCCUGAAAGUUCUUCGUAGGUUUGUCUUUAAUAAGAAAAGUGUCUUUGAACACAAAUCGUUCAAAACUGCUCCAGCCAAAAUCUCUUCUUCAAAUAUUGAAGCUAAUGUAUUCAUUUUCUGAACAAAUUUAACUCGCCAAGGUCACGAUGCAAUUUAAAACUUUAAAAACUUGUAAGGUGUAAUUUUUUAUUAUUCAGUAUAAGAAGGACGUAUAACGAAAGUAACGAAGGUUAAGAUUAUAGAAAGCUGUGUUUGAAACAGCCGAGAGCUACAAUCAUAGAAUUGAAUGCUUGAUGAAUAAAAAAAAUUCAAGUCGUCUACUUUAAUUUGUUCAGAGAUAUUUUUAGAAGUGAGAGAUAUUAGAAUACAGCUUGAUUGCCAUAAAACAAAAACUCGUGCAUCUUUGACGACUGAAUGUCUAAGUGGUUCUCUCAGUUGUUAUUUCUUAGUUUUCGUUGAAGGCCUUUCAUCUUGGUCAGCUGAAAUAAAUUUUUUACGACAAUGAGAGUCAACUGUUUGAUUUAAAAACAAAGUUAGUCUUGUUAUAUUUUCUCGGAUAAAAAGCAAUUUUCCCCAAAAAUUUAGCCGUAAUGUUAUUUGCAUGUUUUCACGUCUCGCAGCUCAUUUAAUAGGAGAGCUGGUUAACGAAACUGCCGCAAAACAAGUCUGGAUAACCUCUUGGAUCGACACAGUUAAUUGAAGCCAAACCGGAAAAACUGAAAGGACAAGUAUUCGCCGCCACUAACAAAGAUUAUCGCUAAAUUAGUUCUAGUUUUUUUUCAAGCAAAAACCAAGUAAACAUUGAAAAAUGUUACGUGUAGUUAGCAGUAUUCAUUAGUUUCUAUAUCACCUGGCGUUCGCAAAAGAUAAACACAUAAGGUGCGAGUAAAAAUGGUACUUUUAAUCAAGAAAUUUCUCGUUGUGAGGAAAGAAUCUUCAAAACGGUAAUUUUACCAUGACAAGGUCAUCCAUGAGGGCUAAAAUCAUUGAAAACCAAGUCAUUACUGGUGCAAAUGUGUUUACAUAUCAUUAAGUACGCGACUAGAUACGGGCAAGAUAGCCGCAUACUCAAAACACGUUUGACAAGUGAAGUACGGUUGACUGGUUCUGUUCUAAAAAAAGAUCACUUUUGCUAGCUGUUAUUAAUUUUAUGUGCAUCCUAACCGCAUAGUUAAUAUUUAUAAGAAUCUUUUGAUUCGAGAUAAGACCGCAAGAAAAGAUUUUGCGGUGUAAGUGGGACGUCUCAGACUUUUUCACGAAGGCUGGAGUUAUUUUCACCUUGUGGUUUUCGAAAACAGAGUUCACCUUCGUAGCUACUACAAGAGAAAUAAGGUGGGUUUUGAACUUGAGAGAUUUACACGAGAUUUGAAAUGACAAUCCAAUCAGAUCGGCCGGAUUUUCGAAGCAGUCGCAGAUGUUUUAAGAUCAAAGUUUCACUGAUUUUGGUUACACCACAGAUCAACUGAAUUUACCAUGGUGGAGAGUAUUUUUGGAGGAAAAACUUCGUACCCACUAAACUGCCAUGAAAGAAAUGUUUUUCAGCCGCGACUAACAGAAAGACGGCUUUCCGUACAAUCGACGCAUUUGAACACAAUCUCCGAAACUGGCGACGAGUGCCCGCCGUCCACCUACGCAACUAACGUUGAAGAAAACACAGCAAACGACGCCCCAAUCUUUUACCGUCGACCUCGGACAAUGUCCUUACCAGCGAUCUACAGGGACGGCUCAUAUUUAAGAAUUAAGCGCUGCUCAAAUGCAUUGAGCCCUUGUAAGCGCAGAUAUUCGGAGCCAGGUGGAAUCGCGACGCAGCAUAUUAUUCAUCGCUUAUCGCUACUUUCGAGUGACAGCAGUGAAAGUGAAAAUGGCUUUUGCAAAAGAACCUCGGUUAAAAGCACGGAGGCAAGGUAUUCGGUUCGCGAGAGCUGUCUUGCGGAUGUAGUAACGCCUCGACGUCAUUCUGAUCCGAUGUGUUACACGAGAGAAAACGUGGAUCGAUCAGGGGUUUCUAGAGAACGGCGAGGUAAAUCGACAGGUAAGGAGUCAAUUACAUGCCUCAAAACGAAAAACUUAUCAGACUGUGUCAAAUCCAAAACGAGAAUUGAUAAUGAACAGACUGGCCAACCUGUGAGACGGCGAAAGUCUUCGCUCGUCCCUGUGCCUUUUCACUCGACGCAGCACAAGACAAAAGAAGCUCAAUCUAAGGUAUCAAAUAGCCGCCCUUUAUCAUUCCCUCCCAGCGAAAAAAUCUACAAUAGACGAAGUAGUCUACCAUGUUUGAACAGACAGAGUGAAGCUGCAAAGGGAAGCGCCACAACUGCUGUUAACGCUAAUGAAUAUCUUGUAAACGAAGAACUCCAAGAGCUGGAUUCCGACGAAUCGAAGGAAGACAAAUACACUGCAAAUGCAGACAUUUUGGUUCAGUGGAUGAAGUUUUUCGGCUGAUCGUUUGAAAUGCUUUACACACAGUGCCGUGAAACAAAACAAUCAUUAAUACUGACAAAUGACAAUAAAUGGUUUUUAGUUUUUCUGUUUUUAAACCAUUCAUUCAAAUGAGAAUCCACUGAAGACGAUGAAUUGUUUGUUUUGUAAUAAAUAAUUAGAACUAAGAAAAGUAUUUCCGAC